AUGCACACGUAUUUUCUCGGCUUGAGUCUUGUUGGAUACGAUUCCCUCUGGGGGCGGAUGGUACGUAGCGGCGUGGCAGGAGCUAUUGGGUCAGUGAAACGAACAGGAAUCUUCCCGAACGGCGAUGCACUCAGAACCAGCUUCACAGGUCUCGCAGGAGUAGACCAGUAUCUCAUCCCUGCAGUCAUAUUUUACAAUAACAUUUUAAGCAAUGGCUCCGCGAAUGAUCGAAUGCUACUCAUCAGUUUGUUUACGACUAUGCAGACGAUGUCGCAUUGCAUGCUGGUUCUUGGAUGGAAUCGAGGGAAAAGGCCUUGGUGGGCGACUUGGGAGCAUCUCUUUUGGGGCGUCUACAACCAAGCUUGGGGUGCUGCAGCCGUGUAUCCCCUUUACUGUUUUUCACAUGCUGAGGGCUUUCUCCGCGAUAAUGAGACCGAGACAGACGAACAACGUCCAAUCGGUCCAUCUGAUCCAACAGAGGCUCUUGCGUUGAUUCCAACCGCAAUCCUGGGGUCAAUUACACCGGCAAUGCUCCUAUACCCCGCUUUCAAUCCAGGUUGUGAUACUGGCCUGCGGCAAGGGAUUAUUGCUUUUUACCGGUUCACACCACUUGCACUUGCUCUUGCGCAUCCGUUCUUUUCUUCAGUCCAGAAAAAGGCGCAAGGCUCAUAUCAAUGGAAAUCGCCACCUAUAAAGUCGGAAAGCCUUGUCGCGACAUCAUUAGUUAUCUCAGGAGCCGUGGCCACGGUAGGUCAUGGAUGGGCUCUGCUUGGUUCCAUAAGUAGCGGUAUCCGUGGGGUAUUCUGGCCCUCGAAGCAACUUAAUCUUGUUUCGCCCAUGAUGAUUGCUGAUGGAGCCCGCGAUUUCCUUCAAUGGGACAUUAUCGUCAUAACAGCCGCGCUGGUCCCCUUUGCCGAUCAAGUAUUGAAGUCGUCGGGGCUCGUUCGUCGUCUGCGGAAGCGCAACAAGUUAUUCUCGAUACUGUCUGAUUCGUUCAUAGGAAGGAUGGCGUUGCUUACCUUGGCUAGUGGCAUACUGUCCCCUGGUGCUGUCGUCGCGUUUUCGCUAGCAGUUAGAUCAUAUACAUAA